AUGUCUGUGGAAAAUUAUGACACAUACAGCGUGAUAACGGCGUCUACCAACGAGAGAUUGCGGUUGAUAUGCGGCGCCCGCGGCGGAAGGUCCGAGCGGGUCACGUGGUACAAGGACGAGAAACCCAUCAACAAUCAACAGAAGAAUAGACUUGUUCAGCUGAAGCAAUCCUUACGGAUAAGGAGCUUCCAUCCGGAAGAUGCUGGAGUGUACAGCUGCAUGAGUCGGGACAGUCUCAACGAGCUGACUGUCACCAUCAAGCAUCAGCCCAGUCUUGAACCAGACUUGAUAGAUGAAUAUCAAGCUGAUAACAGUGAUGGGUUUACAAGAGAAAUGUCACAUCGAAAUUCGAAUGAAGAAGUUAUAUCAGAGCAUGAAAAAGAGAGAUACGCUCGCAAUUUGAAAUUUAAAGAAGUCGAUAGUAGUAAAAAUAAUGAUUUGGACGACAAAGAUGCCAGUCUAGAAACAGAUGAUUCUUCGACCAAUUUCGCACCUAGGUUUGUGCAUCCACAAAAAAUGUUUCAUUCAAAGACGAAAACUGUUGGAUCUUUUGUGAAGCUGAAAUGUACUGCAGAAGGCAACCCAACUCCGACUAUAGAGUGGAGGAGAAAUAACGAGACUAUUGUUAGGAAGGUCUCUCCAAUAUACUCGAAAUGGUCCGUCGAUAUUGAAGAACUGAACAAAAGUGAUGAGGGCAAUUACACGUGUAUCAUUUGUAAUGAAAUUGCAUGUAUUGAACAUAAUAUGGAAUUGAUCAUUGAAGACUUCCAAUCGCAUGCUAUUGAUAUUACUCAUCCGAUGCCGGAGAUUUUAUCGCAACGAAGAGCAGCAGCUCUCGUAGGAAACAAUACAGAUGAACAUAAAAAUGCCACAGAGCACAUGAGAUCUACGAGUUUAAAAUCUAAAGAAUUAGACAAUGCAAGUGAUGACCCAGAUGAAAGGAAUGAUAAAGAUCAUCCAGCAUACGGUGCUAUUGAUAAUUCAACGACGAAGUCUCCACCAAAGUUUAAACAUCCACAAAAAAUGUAUCCAACUGAAAUGAAGCCAGCUGGAAGCACUAUUAGAUUAAAAUGUGCAGCUGAAGGUAAUCCAACUCCAAAUAUAACAUGGACAAAGAACAAGGAAUCAAUAAGUAGAAGUUUCUAUCCACCAAACUACGGGAAGUGGUCAAUGGAACUAAUUGAGUUGACCAAAGCCGAUGAUGGUAAUUAUACCUGUACCGUCUGCAACGAGCUCGGCUGCAUCACCCACAAUAUUGAAGUCAACGUCAUCGAGCGUGUUUACGCAAAACCUGUACUCACGAAGGGCGUGGUGAACCAAACCAAGCUCGUUGGUGAUACUGCCCACUUCAGCUGCUCAUUCCUCUCAGACAUGCAUCCUUAUAUUUAUUGGAUGUACAUCGCAAAAGACGAAUACAUGUAUACAGAUGUAGACCCAAGUAGUUCUCCAAAUUCAGUGGCCUACAGUGAUGUUAAUAGCAAAAGUAUAAUGUCCGAUAAUCCUGACGAUAAACCCGAGCAUUUAACUAUUUAUAAUGUAACAAAGGAAAAUGAGGGUUGGUACGUUUGUAUUGCCAGCAAUUCACUUGGUAACUCCACCGCCAUUGGCUACCUCACCGUUAUGGAUUCGCUACCUGAGCCAGAACAAUUGGAUACGGGAAAACAAACUCUAUUUAUAAAUAUAAUGACAGCAGUACUUGGUGCAUUAUUUGUGGUGGCAGCUAUUAUAGUGCUGACAGUUUUCAAGAUGUUCAAACGGGAGAAGAUAAAGAAACAGUUGGCUAUAGAGACGGCCAGAGCAGUGAUAGUGACGCACUGGACGAAGAAGGUGACUGUGGAGAAACCGCAGAUGAACGGGUCGCCUAACGUGUCUGGAGAGGCUUUGUUAAUGCCAGUAGUUAAGAUAGAGAAACAGAAGCUAUCCCAAGUGCAGGGCCACACAACGGAUUCCAUGAAGAUGUCUGAAUAUGAAUUGCCAGUGGAUAUAGACUGGGAGGUGGCCAGGGAGAGUUUACUCUUGGGCAAGGUGCUUGGAGAGGGAGAGUUCGGGAAGGUGGUGAAGGCCGAAUGCAUUGGCAUAGUGAAGGCUGGAGUACCAUCGGUUGUAGCUGUCAAGAUGUUAAAAGAAGGCCAUACGGACGCCGAGAUGAUGGCUCUAGUUUCCGAGAUGGAGAUGAUGAAAAUGAUCGGGAAACAUGUCAACAUCAUUAACUUGCUCGGCUGCUGUACUCAGGAUGGACCACUGUAUGUGAUCGUUGAAUAUGCACCUAAUGGAAACCUUAGGGAAUACCUAAGGAAUCAUAGACCUGGUAAUAGAUACGAGCCUCUACCAACAGAGAACUUGAAAGAGAAGAAAACCCUCACGCAGAAGGACCUCGUGUCGUUCUCUUAUCAAGUUGCCAGAGGGAUGCAAUACUUAGCAUCGAGACGAUGCAUACACCGAGACUUAGCAGCACGCAACGUCCUCGUGUCAGAUAACUGUGUGCUCAAGAUAGCUGACUUUGGUCUGGCGAAGGACGUACAGAGUAAUGACUACUACCGGAAGAAGACGGAAGGACGGCUUCCGGUGCGGUGGAUGGCGCCGGAGUCGUUGUACCACAAAGUUUUCACCACACAGACUGACGUGUGGUCGUUCGGCGUGCUGCUGUGGGAGAUCAUGACGCUGGGCGGUACGCCGUACCCGACGGUGCCCGGACAGUACAUGUACCAGCACCUCAGCGCCGGACACCGCAUGGAGAAGCCGCCCUGCUGCAGUCUCGAGAUUUACAUGCUGAUGCGGGAGUGCUGGUCCUUCUCACCCGGAGACAGACCCUCGUUCACAGAACUAGUUGAGGAUCUGGAUAAGAUCCUCACAGUGACAGCAAACCAGGAGUACCUGGAUCUAGGAUUGCCACAGCUAGACACGCCGCCGUCGAGUUACGACGGCUCAGGCGACGAGAGUGAUAGUGAAUUUCCAUUUAUUAAAUGAACUGUGAUUAGUGUUUUGUUGUUUGAAAACUGUGUUAAUGGAAAGAUAGAACAUUCUAGAUGAAAAAUUACCACAGAAGUAAGUGGCUCCUUUGUUAUUUUGCAAAAUGAAGAGUGUAUUAGAGUGCCUCGAAUAAAAAAUAGCAAUAACGUAAACUAGCGAAAUUGCUAUUGUCAUCUGUAAGGGGCUGUUUAAUAGUUUUUAACAAAUUACAUUUUUUUUCAUUACAAGUACCAAAAUAGGACUGAUAUUUGUAAUUAAAAAAAAACCAACAAUAUAUAAAUAUAUUUAUUAGUAACAAAUACAUGAUAAUGUCUAAUAUCCUUAUGGUUAUGGAAAUUUUCAUAAAUAAUUACUAUAUAAC